AUACACAAUGGAGUAUUAUUCAGCCAUAAAAAAGAGUGAAAUCCUGUCAUUUGCAAAAUAAUGUAAUUAUACUUUUACCCUGGACUUUUUACACUAUGAGGAAAUAACAUUACAUUUAGUGGUUACCUACAGUGGGUGAGGCAUUUAUACAUGUUAUAUUAUGCUAUCUUAUUUAAUUCUCACAAUAACCCAAUAAAAUAUUCCUUUAGAAGAAGAAAUGGUGACUCAGAAGUGCAGAGUCUUGCCUAAGGUCAUACAAGUAAACAGAACACAUCACUCAUUUCUUAUGAGAAGAAAUCUCACUAUAACCCAACUGGCAGCUUUUCUUCUUAGAACAUGUAAUUUUCUCUUCAGGACCCCACCCUAAAUAUUUAAUUUAUAUAAUCAUAUUACUAGAGCAUCUCAAAUAUUUAUUUACAUAUAUUAAUUAAAAGCACUCAAAUCAUAGGGCUCCAAAAUGUAUUUCAAAAUAAAUUCUGUUAAAGUAAUAUAUUUCUUAGUCACUUUGUGGUUUAUUGCACUUCCGGAACCAGCUAUUGAUAAACUUCCUCUUUUUCUACAGAAGCUAUUUCAGUUUGCUAGAGGAACAUUUUAAAUCUGAAUCGAACCACCCAUUUUCCUUUCUUAGCCAAAUCACCAAAAUGUGCAGUUAGAACAAGAAUUUAGCAUUCUGCAAAAGAAGUUAACAGCUGAGGUAAGGAGGAAAUAUUCUGAAAUGGAUCCCAAAUAUUUCAUCUUAAUUUUGUUUUGUGGACACCUGAACAAUACAUUUUUUUCAAAGACAGAGACGAUUACAACAGAGAAGCAGUCACAGCCCACCUUAGUCACAUCAUUAAUGUCACAUGUAUUGGCUAAUUCUCAAAACACAACAGGGAAUCCUUUGGGUCAACCAAUGCAAUUCAACGACAUUUCUUCUAGACAAUCAGUAUCACCUGCCAAAGUCACUGCUGGACAACCAACACCAGCUGUCUAUAUCUCUUCUGAAAAACCAGCAGCACAUACUUCUGCUGGACAACCACUUGCCUACAACACCAACCAACCAACACCAAUGGCCAACACCUCCUCCCAGCAAGCUGUGUUCACCUCUGCCAGACAACUACCAUCUUCCCAUACUUCUACCACACAACCACCAACGCCAUUUGUCUACACUUUCACUCAACAAUCAUCAACUGUCCAGAUCCCUUCUACAAAACUAAUAACACCAACGGUUCAUAAUCCAUCCACACAACCAAUAUCAACUGUCAAAAAUUCACCUAGGAGUACACCAGGAUUUAUCUUAGAUGUUACCAGUAACAAACAAACUCCACAAAAAAACAAUUAUAAUUCAACAGCUGCCAUACUAAUUGGUGUACUUCUGACUUCCAUGUUGGUAGCUAUAAUCAUCAUUGUACUUUGGAAAUGCUUAAGGAAACCAGUUUUAAAUGAUCCAAAUUGGGCAGGUAGAUCUCCAUUUGCUGAUGGAGAAACCCCUGACAUUUGUAUCGAUAACAUCAGAGAAAAUGAAAUAUCCACAAAACAUACCUCAGUCAUUUCACUUACACCCUGGAAACCAAGCAAAAGCACACUUUUAGCAGAUGACUUAGAAAUUAAGUUGUCUGAAUCAAGUGAAAACACUGAAGACUCCAACAACCCCAAAACAGAGAAAACAAAAGAUCAAGUAAAUGGUACAUCAGAAGAUAGUGCUGACGGAUCAACAAUUGGAACUGCUAUUUCUUCUUCAGAUGAUGCAGAUCUGCCUCCACCACCUCCCCUUCUGGAUUUGGAAAGACAAGAAAGUAACCAAUCUGACAAACCCAUAAUGACAAUUGUAUCUCCUCUUCCAAAUGAUUCUACUAGUUUCCCUCCAUCUCUGGACUGUCUCAAUCAAGACUGUGGAGAUCAUAAAUCUGAGAUAAUACAAUCAUUUCCACCCCUGCCUGACUCACUUAACUUGCCCAUGCCACCGGUAGAUUUUAUGAAAAAUCAAGAAGAUUCCAACCUUGAGAUCCAGUGUCAGGAGUUCUCUAUUCCUCCCAACUCUGAUCAAGAUCUUAAUGAAUCUUUGCCACCUCCACCUGCAGAACUGUUAUAAAUAUUACAACUUGCUUUUUAACUGAUCUUCCAUCCUCAAAUGACUCUCUUGUUUUUCUUUAUAUGUUAACAUAUACAAAAUGGCAACUGAUAGUCAAUUUUGAUUUUUAUUCAGAAACUAUCUGAAAUCUACUCAGAGCCCAUGUGCAUAGAUGAAACAUUUUUUUAAAAAGUUAUUUAACAGUAAUCUAUUUACUAAUUAUAGUUCCUAUCUUUAAAGUAUAGUACAUUUUACAGAUGUAAAUGGUGUAUGUUUCAAUAAUUUAAUCACUCUGAAACAAUCUACAUAUACUUAUUAUUACCCCAGUACAGUUUUUUUUUUUCCCUGAAAAGCUGUGUAUAAACUUAUUGUGAAUAAACUUUUAUGUUUCCAUUUCAAAGACUGGGGUGGAGAGGAAUAAGAGACUAAGUAUACACUCCAAGUUUUAAAUUAAUACCUCAAGUAUUAAAUAAAUAUUCCAAGUUUGUGGGAAUGGGAGAUUAGAAUGCAUGUUUGAGAAUA